UGGCUGAACCCUAAUAAGGUAGUCACUAGUCAUUAUACAUUUCUGGAAUCUCUUACGUAUGAGCUUCAAUCCUCCAUCAAACUGUCACUGAUGCUGCUUCGUCUUCUCGAAGUUCUGAAUUUUAGCUCGGUUGUGUCUCUGCAGGUUACAGAUUUUGAUUCUGCAAAUUCAAGUUCGCGAUUGGUAACAUCGCUCUAAGCUUCAACCUGUUCGACUUGAAUUUGAUUUCAAUUCUUUGAUUUCUUAGUGGUUUUGUUAAAUGAUCGCUCUUAAUUUCAAAUUCUGAAAACCGCGCGCUUAUAUAGUGUGUGUGUAUAUGCAUGUGUGUUUGUGCAUGGACAUAGCAACUACAUUCAAAAUCUUGUGAAUUUCUGCUGAUUGAGUUUUGAAGGACUUUUAUUUUGUUCUUUUUCCUCGUAAAUUCUGUUAUUUUUGUAUAGUCUUUGAGUUUCGCAUUAAAUUUAGAUAGCAUAAGAUAUGAAAAGGUGGGAGUUCAGAGUCAGAAAAGUAUAGACUGAGAGUGAGAGCACUAUAAUAGUUUAAUGUUGCUAUGAAGGUUGCUGGAUUGCAGUUAGGAUCUGUCAUAAUUUUGAUAUUAUUUUCGGUUAUGCCGUUGCGAUUGCAGGAAAAAAAAAAAAAAAAAAAAAAUUCAUGGAAAAUUUGCGCGGCAACUAUAAUAAUCCAAAAACUCCGACGUUCAAGCUUUUAGACGGCAAUGCGGUACCAAUCCACAACCGAUUUCACACUCCGGUACCGCUGAGUCCAGUUUUCGAUCCCUACGAGUUGUCUGAAAAUUUCAAUACGCCAAAUCCGCCGUCUCCCUUGGUCCAACGCCUGCGAUCCGGCUCGUCUGUUCCGUUUGACGGAGGCGGAAGCAGAAGCAGCGGCACCAGAGGAGGGUUCGGUUCGCCUCUGUCUUCGAUUGAGAACCUACUGACGCAACCGUUGGGGUCUCCAGUUACGGUGUUCAAGACUCCGGUGAAAGUUGAGGAGGACGUGAUUGUCAUGGACGGCUUUCCCGUUAAUCCAAAGGGCGGUAGCGGCAGCGGCAGCGGCAGUUCAAGAUCGAGAGGGACCGGGUCAUCAGAUUCCGUCCAGGGCUACAAGAAGGAUCUGUGUCGGUUCUGGCAUCUAUAUUGUUUUUGCAAAUUUGGUCGAACUUGCCAGUUUGCACACGGAUUUGAAGAGUUGCAUCCUCGGGUGCGUCCUCAAGUCCCCAGGAAUUACAAAUCUCAGAUCUGCAGGUCAGUCUACACUACGGGAUCAUGUGCAUAUGGCGCCAUGUGUCGAUAUUAUCAUCCUGGCCAGCCGAAUCCAGCAGUUCAAUCCCCAGCACCUAGAGCUGAAGUGGCAGUUCCUGUUACAACACCAACUGUAGUCAAAGAUCCACCCAGUGCAGGCAACAGCAGCACCUCCGCAACUGCUUCUACUUCCUCGGCUUCUGGAAAUACUGACUGGUCUCCACAGGAUGAUGGUAUUGAGACUCCCUUGCCUGGAAAAGCUCCUGAGGGAGAUGUUUAUUCUCAUAUUCAGAGAGUUCUCUAUGGACCUUCUGCGAGGAAAAGAUUGCCUAUUUUCAGCGAUAUUUGCUCCGAGCCCGAGUCCGAGUCCAAGCCCAAGCCUAAGCCUAAGCCUAAGCCCGAGCCCAAGAGCAAGUAAAGAGAUCUACCCUUCUCCUAUGGGUAAUCCAUGAACAUCUCUGCUUUUCCAAUUAACAUUCAAGUGGCUGCUAACAAGCUGAAAGCACCACAGCAUAGACCAAAGAAAGUGAGGAUUCAUAUUCUUGACAGGUAACCUGUGAAUAUCUGUCAUUCUGUUUUUGUUUUGAUCAAGAACAUAAAACAUUCUAUUGAUCAAAGCAGCUAUACAAAUACACCAAGUGAAUGUGUAGUGUAUGUAUGCGUAUUGUUGAUUCGUUGUGGUUAAUUGGAAAACAUGUACUAGUACUACUAGACUACUGUCAAAAAAUAGGUUUUUGAUUGAUAUGAUAUACAACCAGAAACUCAUGCCUUAUAGUGGAAUUUCCAUUUCUUGCUUCUUGCUUCA